AUGCCCUUCAAGCCACACUAUCUGUUGGUCGUCCUGACUGUCUACUGGUUUGCUGCUCUUCAUGGUGAGAUGGAUCUGCUAAAUAGUUGCAACAUUUUUUGCAUUUGAAAACAUAAUUGCAGUAGGACCUAAAACGUAUGUUCAUUCAAACUCUUACCUUGAAAAUGUAUCUUUCAGUUGGUCUUGAGGAUUUUACUUGAUCUGCUUUUACUUUGCUUAUUAUAUAUAUAUAUAUAUAUAUAUAUAUAUAUAUAUAUAUAUAUAUAUAUACUUAUUAUUAUAUACUAAUAUUGCGUAUUACCGAUAUGGUCUUUCUCCUUCUGCCUGCAGCGUUGCCAAUGGGUGGCUUCGCUCCACGUCUGACGUGUCGCUGCAUCCGGACGUCCUCUGCCUUCAUCUCUCCUGCGCGGUUUCACAGACUGGAGAUCUUACCUCCAGGAGCCCACUGUCGUCACAUUGAGAUCAUGUGAGUCAAUAGAACGUCUCUAUCUCAAUAUAUUCUAAUGAAACCAUGGAGUCACUGGGCUUGGGUGAAGCACUAAACUGCAGUUUUCAAAAUGCAUGUAGGAAAAAAAUCGAAAAGUGUGGGGGACAGGAAGUAGUGGAAGGAAAAACAAUUGUCACCUUACUGUCUUACAUGCAAACCCAUUAGAAGUAAUAUGCCGUUUAGCAGACGCUUUUAUCCAAAGCGACUUACAGUCGUGCGCAUAUAUUUUUACGUAUGGGUGGUCCCGGCGAUCGAACCCACUACCCUGGCUUAACAAGCGCCAUGCUCUACCAAUUGAGCUACAGAGGACCAGUGAAGAGUUCAAGACUCCCACCUCACACAUAACCUACAACAGACUACAAUAAAUGAUGUCAUUUUCAUGGUAAAGCUCUGAUAUUUAAAAAUAUAUAUAUUUCUCUGGUAGUUAGACUUCUUCUUGGCUGUAAUGUAUCCCCUCCAUUCAUCAGCGUUACCAAGAAGGACAAUACCAUCGUGUGUGUGAAUCCAAAGGCAAGAUGGAUAAAAAAAGUCAUUGCCCAGUUACAAAGGUAAAUACAACACAUGCACGCAACACACACUUUUGUUGACUGUAACCUUUAACACAGACCAUCUCUUUCAACAGUAACAAGAGAAGUGCAGGUGUCCCCAUCUCAACCACUACGGACAGCAUCAACACGAAACUGGAACAGCGACAGUAA